UGAUGGUAAAUACUGUUUAAUGGCGGCGCCCUUGAGCGACAUGAGUUGUUGAAUGUUGACAUUCGACUACCACUGCAUACAGGAACAUGUCAGCGAGAAUUCAUAAAUUUAGGAAUGCAGCGUACAAGUACGUGUUCUCCAAGGAGGCCCAUCAGCUGCUCCCGGCUCACUACAAGCGGCGGUGUAUGGAGUUCAUGCAGGGGGAGCCUACAGCUGUACACUGGCAGCCAGAACAAGGGCCGUUCAAGCUGAACCCCAACACAGGGAAACGUGAGCGCGUGCAGAACGUCCCCGUGAAGGUGGUGUACCCCGAGGAAUGCAACAAGGGUCUGUGGGGGGGCGAGGGCUUGGUGGUCGGCUACCGGAAGAGUGACCGGCGCUUUGCUUCUAGAAUCCCCAAAAUCUGGCGUCCGUACCUGACGAAGCGGGUGCUAUAUAGCGAGAUCCUUGACAAGUACUUCGAGAUCCAGGUGACCCUCCGCACCCUCGACCUGAUUGAUGAGGUGUUUGGGUUUGAUCACUACAUACUGAAGACAUCUGAGGUGGACCUCAACUCCCAGCUGGCGAUGAAGCUGAAGAGAGAGAUGCUGCUGGCGCUGGUACAGAAGACUCUGUACCCAGAGGACCCCACAAUCAGGGAGAAGGUCCACAACAAAUACAAGCAAUACCUCAUGCCGGAAGAGGAGGCCGAGUGGGUGGGCCUCACCUUAGGCCAGGCUAUGCACAAGGCUCGUGACAAACACGCCAAGGAGAACCCCACCAGGCCACUGAAGGAGGUCUUCACUCAGCAGUUCAUUCAGGAUCUCUCAGAAGGAACUGCAGAGCAUCAAACAGAGGACUCCUGGAUGAGCAAACUGAUUCCAUUUGGUUCAAAGACCAGCUCGAAGAGUUGACCUCGCCACACCUUGUCCCUGCAUUGCAUUUGUAGUGGAAACAGAUAUCAUCGGAGGAUGGCCAACAUCAAACAGUUCAUGCAGUCAGUCUACACUACCUAGCUGGAACCUGUCUGUGACAAGCAUUUAAACCAAUUAGUAGCCGAUCAUAUUUCAUCUUAACCAAGUUUUUAUCAUAUCUACUUUACCAUUCUUUCAUUUGAACUGUACAAUGAGUCACCAGUUUUAUUUCCAUUUUACUGAUUUUCUUGGCACCAUUAAAAGCAGGUUUAUCCAUAAAACAAUAUUAUGUUUUGUCCAUUGAGGAGCCUGUUCUCAAGAUUUCUGAUGUGUUGUGACUGUGUAUGAUUAUGUUUCAUGCCAGGGAAGAUGUGUCUGUGUGUGACAGCAGUACUCCAGCAGUUCUCAGUCAAAUCACGCAUCAGGUAUAUGUUGUUGCUGUAGUUGGAACAUGUUUGAUGAAUAAAGGUGGACUUUUGUCA